CAUUCUUGGCCAAUCCAUUCAAGUUGACCAAGCAGCUCCUUGGCCAAAAGAGGGCUGGCCGCCUCACUUGCUCCAAGGAUGCUAUAAAUGGCCACCUCAAGGCCACUUAUAGUGACCCCAUUAGAGAACAACCGCUGGGUCCAUGUGAUGUGCUGAUAACACCACCAGAGCCUCCAUCAGACUUCGACCUGAAGGAGCCCUGCCUAAGGGAAGUGGAGGAAGUGGUGAGGAGAGCAAGAUCAAGCUCAGCACCAGGCCCAAGUGGAGUGCCCUACAAGGUGUAUAAGAACUGCCCAAAGAUACUACAUCUGCUUUGGAGGGUCCAGAAGGUGAUCUGGAUGAGAGGGCAGAUCGCCCAGCCAUGGAGGUAUGCUGAGGGAGUGUGUAUACCAAAAGAAGAGAAGUCUGAGAAUAUCAACCAGUUUCGGGUUAUCUCCUUGCUCAGUGUGGAGAGCAACAUCUUCUUUAGCAUCGUGGCUAAGAGGUUCUCCAACAUCCUGUUAAGCAAUAAGUACAUCGACACGUCUGUGCAAAAGGGAGGUAUACCAGGAGUUCCAGGUUGUCUGGAACACACGGGCGUGGUAACCCAGCUCAUUAGGGAAGCGAGAGAAGGUAGAGGGGACCUGGCAGUACUGUGGCUGGACCUCACCAACGCCUAUGGCUCAAUACCCCACAUGCUGGUGAAGGUCGCACUGGAGAAACACCAUGUACCGCAGAAGAUGAAAGAUCUCAUCCUGGACUAUUACAGCAAGUUCAGCUUGAGAGUCACUACUGGCCAGCUAACAUCUGACUGGCACCAGCUGGAGGUGGGGAUAAUCACUGGCUAUACCAUCUCAGUGAAUGCUGGCGAUGAAUAUGCUGGUCAAGGCAGCUGA